CUUCUUCUUCCCGCCUCCCGCUCGCCAUGGCCGCCCGCGGAGCCGAGAGGCGCGGCGCGGCGUGGAGCGGCAGUGCCGGGGUCUCGCCGCUGCCUGCCAGCGCCCCGUGAGGGGGGACAAGCGGGGCGGUGUGUCCCUACGCUCAGUCCUGCCCCCCCCCCUCCACUACCACCCCCCCCCCAACUCCCCUCCUCCCCGGAGCGGAGAUGUGCGAGACCCGUGUGAGGGGAGUCUCCUCCUAGACCGGCAGCCAGGAUGGUGCACCUGCAGCCCCUGCCCCUCGUCGUGGUCCAGGGCGUCCUCCAGCUCGUAUUUUGUGAUGCUAAUCAAGUCGUACAAGCCACAGACGUGCUGGACUGGGAAGACAAGGAUGCUGCAGAGACACUGGUUGACAACGUGGUCCACUCCAGGAUCAUCAAUCCUUUACGCCUGUUUGUUAAGCCAUCUCCAGUACUGAAACACGGCCAGGUGUCCUACUCAGACAGCAUAGAAAACUUUUGGGAUUGGUUGUCCAACAUCACGGAGGUUCAGGAAUCUCUCGCACGAACUAAACGCAGACCUAUAGUAAAAACCGGGAAAUUCAAGAAAAUGUUUGGAUGGGGCGACUUCCACUCUAACAUCAAAACUGUUAAGCUCAACCUCCUGAUCACAGGGAAAAUCGUCGAUCACGGCAAUGGGACCUUCAGUGUUUAUUUCCGACAUAACUCCACAGGUCUGGGAAAUGUUUCCGUAAGCCUGGUGCCACCUUCCAAGGUGGUUGAGUUUGAAUCAUCUCCACAGUCAACACUGGAGACCAAGGAAUCCAAGUCCUUCAACUGCCGCAUUGAGUAUGAAAAAACAGACCGCGCUAAAAAAACUGCCUUGUGCAAUUUCGACCCUUCAAAGAUCUGCUAUCAAGAGCAGACUCAAAGCCAUGUCUCCUGGUUGUGUUCCAAACCAUUUAAAGUUAUCUGCAUUUACAUUGCUUUUUACAGCGUAGAUUACAAACUGGUGCAAAAGGUCUGUCCUGAUUAUAAUUACCAUAGUGAGACUCCGUACUUGUCCUCUGGCUGAUACAAUCAUGGGUAACCAUAGAGAUACAGCAUCAGUCACAAAAAUAAGCAUUUCCAUUAACCUUUUGGAGAAGAAUAUGUUUUCCUAUCAGGUUAAAAAGUCUUUAAAAACCGUAGCUGUGUUUGUGCUGUAUCGUAAAUAAUCAAACUACUUAUAUAACAAUCAUUUUCAUUUGAGACCAUCAUAUUUUAGCUCUCUCAUCAUUAAUAAGGGAACUACCAGGCAGAUACACAACAAAAAUCAAACAAAAUGAUGUCUGUAAUGAACAUCAAUCUUGAAAAUUGGUUUUUUUAAACUAGACUCGAUGGCAGAGAGGUUGUCUUUUACUUGAAUUGGACAGCACUUAGCAGGAUCCUAUUUCUCACUGGGAACUUUAGAUGACAAAAUAAAGAAAAAAUGAUGAAGCAGACUCCCAGCUGCUUAUAUACUAAAUCCAAAUAAACAGCUCUGCCACUAAUUUCAUAAAGAAUGUUACACACAUACAGCUCAAGGAAUCAAAUCCAAAUACUAAGAGAAAGUGCUAUUUCUAGGACAAAAAAAAAAAAAAAAAGGAUCUGCAUUUUUAUGAGUUGUAGGAGUGGUACGUAUUCAUUGAAGAGUGAGUACUUCUUCCUUCAAACUUCUUACCCAUGGAUAUGCAAUGAUGUAAUUAGACAUCGAUGAGCUUUAGUUUAUUAGACACACCAGGUGUGCAGGUUUAGCAUACACCUCUUCUUUCCGUGGUCACCAUUGGUUUUUAUUCUUCUCAGAUGUUUACAUAUACACCAGUUCUAGUUUUACGGUGAUAGAGGAUAUACAUACCUCAGAAAAAGAUAAUCUCUGUUUAAGUCUGAAAAUGGUGACGGGGGCUGGCUUCCACGUAAAGGAAGCCAUUAUCUUGCUAUCUAGCCCUCUUAGCACUGUAUUGCAGCAAGGAAAAUACAUCACAGCAUAAGGACAAUACACGAAUAACACAAACUUUCUGCUUAAUGCCACCCAGUUGUCUUCCUGAGUAUCGCGUUGCAUACUUCAAGUCAAAAUACGAGUAAUGACAAACAAAGAGGACAACAAAAAUCCAUGCAUCUUCACCUCAUAAAGCAGAUUCCAAACAAUUGCUAUCAAUAUAAAAAUAUUCAGCCAGACUUUCCCCUAGUACAGUACAGCAUCACUCCACUGCUGUUAAGUAUAAGAACGGAGGGUCCAGCUGUGGAUUUGCUUCAACAGGACAGAUGUUGCUCCCACCGCAGCCAAUAGCGGUCAGCUCCAGCGAUGCAGCUUCAAGCAUCAAUCCCCUGCACUUUCGUCGGGUAUUGAUUUUACUGUUGCUGCCACUUUGCUAUCAUAGGUCUUUGUAACAGUUCAAUGUCACAGGUCCCGUGGAAGAAGCUUGCUGAGGAAGUGCUUUUUAUUGCCUCUAAUCAAACUUACAUGCAGGGUCCAAGAAGUUACAUCCAGCUUAAAUAAAGUACUAUUAAAAUACUCUGUUCAAGUGGUAUGCACUCAGACAAACGACUGACAGGUCAGACAGCCUCACUCAUGAGAUUAAUUCAGAUUUCCUUGGUAAAGCCUCAUACAAAAGAAUUACUCUUAAAAAUAUACUACAAGUAACUGGCUAAUUUGUUUUUCUCUUUCAAUGACAAAUUUAAGUGUGUUAUUUAGUUUGAUCAAUAAUCUAAAUGUUUUCCUUCAUCUUAUUUCAUACAGAGUCUCUCCCGGUCUAAAUGAUGGUUUUUAGUUUGUCUAUUACUGUCGAUUCCUACAAGAUGGUCUACUUUGUAUUCUGUAUAGCGUGUCCUCGUCCUGGCUGUACAUAAGCUUGGAUUUAUUGCUAUGAGUUCAGUGGUUGGUGCUUUUGUAACUUAGCUGUAAGCCAUGAUUUUAUUGCCAUGUAUUUUUACUCAGCACUGUAGGCAAUUAAAAGAAAAUCCUACGUGCUAUUUAUUGUAGAGUAUGUGGAAAUCAUGUAUGUAUAUACACUUAAAUAUGUGUACAUAUACAGAAUAUAUGUGUACAUGUAUUUGUAUGUAAAUAAAGAGAGUUUGCUAAAUCUGGCA